UUUGAAGAGGCAGCUUAUGAGGCUAUUGGUGGAGCUGGUCCAAGCAGCGGCCGGGACUCAGCUCCUCGCCUGGCAAAUGGUCCCUCCGCGGCGGGGUCCCGAGUUCUUCAUGAAUGAAACCGGAGUCGCCGCCGGGUGGCGGCAGAGAGCAGGGCGCGCGGAGCCCUGCAUGCCGCUGUCAGAGCCGCGCUCCAGCAGCAGCAGCAGGGGCCGGCCCUGCGAGCGCCCGCAGCGGCUCUGCCUCUCUCUGCCCCGCCAGGUGCCGCAGGACCGGCCGCUAAAUGAGCCGGCGAUGGAGGGCGCGCAGCCGGGCCCCGGGGCCAGCUCCCCGCAGAGCGACUCCGCCGAAGUUUUGCUCCACGGGGUGUUCGCCCUGCGGGGCGCCGCGCCCCAGACGAGCUACGCGCUGAGCCUCACUCGCAGCCGGGAGCUGCGGGUGCAGCGGGUCGGCCCCGCGCCGGCCGGCCCGGGCGCCGCGCUGAAGCUGGCGGACUGCAUCGGCUGCGUCGCCGGCCGGGAGCCCCCGCCGGAGCAGGCCGCCUACUUCUCCGUCUUCUGCUACCCCUUCCGCCGGGGCUGGUGGGACGCCUCGCCCUCCAGGCAGCGCCUCGCCAGGACUUUCCGCGUGUGCGUGGCCCGGGAGGCGGAGGGCAAUCUCAAGCUGGCGGAGACGUGGGCUGGGAAGAUUAGGGAGCUGGCUGCCCCCAGGAUACCCCGGCAGGAAGGGGUGACAUGGGGACUCUUGCCGUGGCCCUGCCACAUCCUGGUGCUGCUGAACCCCCAGAGCGGAACGGGGCAAGCUCUGCAGCUGUUCCACUCCCUAGUGCAGCCAAUGCUGGCCGAGGCCGGCGUAGCCUUCACCCUCUUUGUGACAGAGAGGCCGAAUCAUGCCCGUGAGCUGGUGCGGGCUGGAGACUUAUCCCAGUGGGACGCCGUGGCUGUCCUGGCUGGGGAUGGCCUGCUGUAUGAGGUGGUGAACGGCCUGAUGGAGCGUCAUGACUGGCAGGCCGCCAUCAAGAAGCCUCUCUGCACCCUGCCUGGGGGCUCUGGGAACGCCCUGGCCGCUUCCAUCAACCACUAUGCCGGCAACACGCAGGCCUUCAGGAAGGAGCUACUGACCAAUUGCACCUAUUUCCUCUGCAAAGGCCUGUAUGCCCCCAUGGACCUGGUCUCCCUGAACACGGCCUCCGGCAAGCGUCUCUUCUCCUUCCUCAGCUUCGGCUGGGGCUUCAUCUCUGACGUGGACAUCGCCAGCGAGAAGUACCGCCAACUGGGCAAAGCCCGCUUCACCGUGGGCACCAUCCAGCAGCUGGCUGGGCUGAAGGUCUACAAGGGCCGCCUCUCCUACCUGCCCGUGGAGACAUCAUCCUCGGUCUCCUCAGCCCCCGGCAGCCCUUCAGAGCAGAAUAGCCACCACGUGCCAUGCAGCAACGGUCACCCCCUCCAUAUCCUCCCUCAGCCUGCGCCAGGGGCGCCAGAGCCUCCUCACGAGGGGUCCUGGCCAGAGGACCCUCUCCUGGUCCCCUUCGACCAGCCAGUCCCAAAGCACUGGACCAUUGUGCCUGAGGAGGAGUUUAUCUCCAUUUUCGCCAUCUACCAGUCGCACGUGGGCGCUGACUUCCCCAUGGCCCCCAAGGCCAAGCUUCAUGACGGCUCCAUGCACCUCUUCUACCUGAAAGCCGGGGUCUCCCGGCUGGGGCUGCUCAGAAUCUUCCUAGCCAUGGAGAAGGGGACUCACCUGGACCUGAACUGUCCCCACCUUCACUAUAUCCCCGUGAGGGCCUUCCGGCUUGAGCCCUUCGCUUCCACCGGGCUCAUGACGGUGGAUGGCGAGCUGCUGGCGUGCGAGCCAGUGCAGGGCCAGGUGCACAACCAACUCUGCAGGAUCAUCAGUAGCUCCUGAGCCACCCCCCAGCCUGACAAAUAAACCACUUCAAAAAGGGUUUUGACCAUGCACAUUCCUGGGGUGCAUUGAGGGAGGACAGGCAAGGACCACUGCAGGGAAUGCUUACACCUCCUGCCACUUCUCCAGCCCGUGCGCCUCUCCUCUUCUGGAAUAGUUCACAGGGGUCUCUUGUUCCCCUUGCUCUACCCAACCUCCCGAGUCCCACUCCCAGCACAAUUCUUUUCCUGCCUGAUCACAGGCGCUAUGGGUCAACCACUAAGAGGUUUGGUUAGUAAGUUUGAGAGGGGGGAAGGGACACUGACAGCCUGGCCUGCCCCCUUCUCACCCCCCCAAGUCAGGAAGUUCCUAUGGGACACAGCGAUCCCUAAGGGGAAGGGACUCCUGAGCCGUGGGUGGCAGGUGAUGGUACCCGAAUACAGGCACAGCUUUUUCCAGGUCAGCUUAGCAGCUGCAUGGAUAUUUCUUCCACCACCCCCAAGUGCUGGGCUGCUUCUCUUCUCUGCUUCCAGAUUGGCCCAUCUUUGUAAGGGACUCCGCAGCUGAAGCCAGGUGAUUCGCCAAACCCAGGCUGUCUGCAGUACAGGCCUCCUGCUUUUCUGCUGUUUGGUUCCCCACAAGGACAAAGCCAUUCUGCUCCCUUCCCACAGCUCAACAAUACACUAAAGGCACAAGAGCGCUACCCUUUCCCCCAUGAGCAGAGUGCCACAGAGACCGAGCACUGCUUCAGCAUCAGCAGAUACAGUGGACACCAAGCCCCUGGGGCCGGUGGGGAAAUGAGAACUGGCUCCACCAUAAACUCUAGGGCCAACAUUUGUUAUAAUGAACCAAUUUUUCUUUU